GAGCGAGGAACUGCCUGACGAUUCUGUGACUGGAAUCGCCGUGAUGGUGCUUAGCAACCGAAAUGCCAACUGCCGCCGCCGCGCGUUAGCAACCAAACCAAACCGAACUCGGCGGUGUGGUUGACCAGACCUGCCGAAAGGGUCCCGCUCGGAGUUGUUCUUAAGCAGUCCGGGAAGGAAGGAAGGGUUUCCUGGUCCUCAGGUGGGGACGCAGGCUGGAGGACCGCUGAUAUGUGUAUGCGGGAGAACUGAAAGGGGAUGGUGAGCAGAGCUCCGUUCCUAAGAAGGCAGAGAUGCCAGCAGGCAGCAGCCGGGGACGGGGUCCAAAUCUGGAAGCUGCCCUUGAAACUCUGCUGCUCCUUUAGUCCUUAAUGUGUGGGGACAGGCUGUGGUUACUUUCUGGUGAGAGGAAGACCAGACCUUUCUGACUCCAGCUAAGCGCUGGUGUGGGAUAACUUCAUCAUUCAAGCUGGAAUAGGACAUUUCCUAAAAAGACACUAACAAACAUGACUUCCAUAAAGGAGCAGGCAGCCAUCAGCAGAUUAAUAAGCUUCCUGAAGGAAUGGGAUAAUGCUGGCAAAGUUGCCCGGAGCCAUAUUCUGGACAAGUUCAUCCUGGCCAACCAAGGCAAGACAGGUCCAGAACUCGAGAUAGAAUUCUCUCAAGGAGCUAGCUUGUUUCUGGUCCGCCUAACUGCCUGGCUCAGGCUGACUUACAUGUAUGGAACAUGUCUAGAGCAACUGUUGAAGUCCAUUGGUGUCUUCCUGUCAGCUGCAAGUGGCCAGCGGUACCUUAUUGAAUUCUUGGAGGUUGGUGGUAUCCUCACACUGUUGGAAAUACUUGGGCUCAAGCAACUGAAGGAAGAGGACAAAAAGGAGUCCAUAAAGCUUCUUCAGUUAGUAGCAAGCUCUGGCAGGAAGUUCAAAGAGCUUAUUUGUGAAAGCUAUGGUGUGCGAUCAAUUGCUGAGUUUUUGGCCACAUCCAAAUCAGAAGAGACACAAGAGCAAGUGCAGAUUCUUCUGGAUUCCUUAGGCCACGGCAACCCCAAGUACCAGAACCAAGUGUACAAAGGCCUGAUUGCUCUUCUAAAGUGUACUUCUCCCAAAGCCCAGCAACUGUCUCUGCAAACACUCAGGACAAUACAGACAAUUGUGGGGAAAGCUCAUCCGAACAUCGUAGAGUCUGUGCUGAGUGUGCUUCGCUCUAUGCAUUUGGAGGUGCAAUAUGAAGCAAUUCAACUGAUCAAGGACCUCAUGACCUAUGAUGUACGGCCAGCGGUCCUGAAAGGACUGGUUUCUUUGCUAAAGCCAUCAAGACAGGAGACUGCCAAAAUGCAUGCCAGAAUCCUUGAAGAAGCAGGUACAUCGCACCUCAUGGAGUCCUUGCCAGCAUAUAUUCAGCAAGCUGCUGCAGCCAAGGCCAUUGGAAUCCUAGCCCAAGAGUCCAGAGAAUUGGCUGAGGAGCUGCUUUUCACGAGAGUGGUGCAUGGCCUUUUGUGUGCCAUGGGCAACAAAGAUCACACCAACUGCCAGAGGCAGGCCAGCAUCACAUUAGAGUAUUUUGUAAAGAUGUUCAUCGUGGUGGAGAGGCAUGCACGAAACGCCAUGGGAGAAAAAUUGUACCAGCUAUUCAGGGAAGAUGCUGCAAAUUUGUACCAGAACAUGGAUGCAAUUCAGGCUGAUAUCCUGGCCACCAAUAUAAUCAACAUUCCAGCAGAGUUUUUGACUAUAGCCAAACUGAAAGUGGCAGAAUCCUACACUCAAGAGGAACGGAAGUCUGAAGAGGAACGGAAGUCUGAAGAGGAACGGAAGUCUGAAGAGAGUGGUGUGCUUCUUGAGCUAUCUGCUCAGAAUGAUUGAGAUCUAUUGUCCAUGUUUUAUCUUUUUCAUAUACCCUUUUUCAGGUCCUUCCACCUAUCCCACAGGAAACAGAUAGAGGCCUAUACAACUACAGUGCAGAUCACAAUUGGUAUACAAGAGUCACUGGUGCCAUGGGACAGGUGACUUUUCCAGUGCCGCCCCACUCUCCUCCCCCCCCCAUAUCCUACUUUGAAAUUCACCUAUGAUUUCUUAGAUUAAUAAAGAUACCAAACAACAAUAUAA